AUGCCUCCUCGGAUGGAUAUCCGCGCUGAUGGUUGGACUUCUCACAGUGCACAACAACGGUCAGAAGAGACGAUAGCGAAACGAGCUCGAUCAUCCAUGUCACAAGAGCUAUCAUCCCGUCGGAACACCUUGGCAGAUUUACUCAAGGAACUUGUGACCGAUAUCAAUAAGGCGCUCAUGCAGAAUGAGCCGGCUGUGGAACUUGCUACAUCCAUUAGAGCAGGAUUGAAUGAAAUGAGCAUUGCUACAGAUCUGCAAUCAAUGCAUCAUCAUAGUCAAACAGUCAAUAAAGAUAUUCUGGAACUUCAGAGGCACUCGAACACAGGGUGGGCUUCGAAGGUAAUCGAUGAUUGUUCCACGGUUUUUGAAUGUACUGACCUGACAAAUGAGGAAAUCCUAAAGCAGAAAAGUCCCAACCUGCAAUCUAUUAAUGUAUCGGAGGCUGUCAACAGUUACACAGUGAAAGUAGCAAGUCAACAAUUGAAUCCCGAUGAUGGAAGUGGAGAAGUAGGAGACGAUGAACCAAGAAGAAUAUCCAUUGAGGCUACGUACUCAACAUGA